AUGUUUCCCACGGGGGUACCCGAGCCUGGGAACGCGGAGCUCCCGGCAGGGAUAAACCCCGCGAUACGUGGGGAUCGCCGGCGAUACGGGGGAGAAUCGCGACAGAGGCUCGGAGCAGGCGCUGCUCGGGGCAGCCCUGUCGUCAUGGUAACGGCGGGUUUCCAGUCAGGCGCCGCGCGGGGCAACCCCGUCACCAUGGCAGCAGGGCCUUCCUUAGGGGCAACGUGUUGUUAUGGUAACGGCAGGGUUACAAUCAGGCGCCGCGCGUGGCAGCCCCGUUGCUAUGGCAGCGGGGGCCUGCCAUGAGGGCGGCGCGCAAUAUGGCGGCGGCCACGGCGAGCGCGGGAACGGGUGAGGGAGGCGGGGGAGCCGCGGGCGGGAAUGGGAACGGGAGCGGGAAUGAGACCCGGGAAUGGGACCGGUACCGGGCAGCGGAUCUGGGACCGCCCGGGAAUGGCGGAGGGGCCGGGACGGGCCAGGGCUGGCCGGGCCCGGAGCCGCUCCCCAGAUCCCAUCCAGGACGUGCUCGGGGAGCUCCUGGGAUCCGAUGACGAGGCCCCGGCCCCGCCCUCCCGAGGUUCCCGCGCCUCCUUCCUGCAGGAUCCGGAUCCAGUGGAUCCCACAAAUCACCAGGAUCCGGAUCCAGUGGAUCCCAUGGAUCUCCGGGAUCAGCUGGACGAGCUGGACGAGCUGGAUGCCGAAAUCCUGGGAAUGGCCAGAGCCGGGUCCGGGACGGGGAAACGCGGCGGGAAGGGGCCGGGCCCCCGAAAAGCCCCGCCCCGUGCCGAUGUCACCUUUGGGGACGAUGUCGAUGACCUGAUGGAUUCCCUGGGGCUCGGCAGCGACGGAGCCGGGAGCGCGCCGGGAACGCCGCGGGGCCAGGGGCUCCGGAGGGGCCGUGCCAGGAGCCAGGAGCAGCCGGGAAAGGCGGAGCUGGAGCUGCAGAGGGAGAGCCGGGGGCAGGAGCAGCCGGGGCCGGGAUUUCCCUUCGGAUCCUACGAGCCCUCGGUGGCCUCGGGGACCGGGCGGAGACGGGGACGGAGGUGCUCCGUUGGGAGCAGCUCCCGACGUCCCUCCGGGGCCGAUUGGCUGGGGCUGAAGGACGAGGAUUUCCCGGGAAUGGGACAGAAGGACAGGGAUCACAUGGGAAUGGGACAGAAGGACAGGGAUCACCCAGGACUGGGUCAGAAGGAUGAGGAUUUCCUGGGAUUGGGAUCAAAGGACAAAAACUUCCUUGGAUUGGGACAGAAGAACAAGGAUUCCACCGGACUGGGACAGAAGGACGAGGAUUUCCAGGGAUUGGGAUCAAAGGACAAGGAUCACCCAGGAUUGAGAUUGAAGAACAAGGAUUUCCUUGGAUUGGGAUCAAAGGACGAGGAUCCCUCAGGAGUGGGAUCAAAGGACGAGGAUUUCCCGGGAUUGGGACAGAAAAACAAGGAUUUCCUUGGAUUGGGAUCGAAGGACAAGGACUUCCUUGGAUUGGGACAGAAGAACAAAGAUCUCUCAGGAUUGGGAUCAAAGGACGAGGAUUUCCCGCGAUUGGGGGACAAGGAUUUCCUUGGAUUGGAAUCGAAGGACGAGGAUUUCCCAAGAUUGGGAUCAAAGGACAAGGAUCCCUCAGGAUUGGGACAGAAGAACAAGGAUCCCACAGGACUAGAGGACAAGGGUUUCCCAGGACUGGGACAGAAGGACAAAGAUCCCGCAGGAUUGGGAUCAAAGGACGAGGAUCACCCGGGAUUGAGAUUGAGGAACAAGGAUUUCCUUGGAUUGGGAUCGAAGGAAAAGGAUUUCCCAGGAUUGGGACAGAAGGACAAGGAUCCCAUGGGACUGGGGGACAAGGAUUUCCCAGGAUUGGGACAGAAGGACGAGGAUUUCCCGGGACCGAAGGACAAGGACAUCCCAGGACCCGGAUCCCCCCUGCGGCCCCGCCCCGGCCCCGCCCUGGCCCCGGAGCCGAAUUCCCGCCCCCGGAGGGUCCCGGAGCCCCCCGAGCCCGGCAGGCUGGAGCCCCCCCUCAGUCAGGUGGCACCAGGUGACACGGCACAGGUGGCACAGGUGUCAGCAGGUGACACGGCACAGGUGGCACAGGUGUCACAGGUGGCAGCAGCCGUGCAGGAGGUGCCGGGUCCUGCCACGCCCGCCCAGGAGGAUCUGGUGUGGGAUCCAGCCCCAUCCCGCCCGGAGAAUCCCCGAGCUCUGCCGUCCUGGCUCUGCCCGGAGCUUCCCGCAGCGUUCCCGGCCCGGAGACACCAGGAGAAUCUGGGAUCCUCCCCAUCCCAACAACGCCAGGACCAUCCCGGCUGUGGGGCCGCCCUGCAGACCCUCCAGGCCCGGCUGGAGGAGCUGGAGAACCAGGUGCGGGCGCUGGAGCUGGAGCGGGCCCGGUGGCGGGGACAGGCCCUGCAGGAGCUCCCGGAGAGCUGCCCCAGAUCACAGGACCACGCCAGAUCCCAGAACCACCCCACAACUCAGGAUCACCCCGGACCCCAGGACCACCCCAGACCCCAGGAGCAGGACGAGCAGCUCUCAGCGCUCCAGGCCAGGCUGUGCCGGCAGCAGCGGGACGCGGAGCGGGAGCAGAGCCGGCUCCAGGAGGCCGUGGCUGACCUGGAGACCAGGCUGGGGGAGCGGGAGCAGCUCCUGGAGCAGGAGCGCCGCCGCGCCGCCGCCGAGCGCAGCCGUGCGGAUUCCCUGCGGGAGGCGCUGGAGGAGCAGCGCCGGCUCUCGGCUCAGCUGCUGGCCAUGGAGAGGGCGGCGCUGGACGAGGCCAAGGCAGCGUGGCUGGAGGAGCAGCGGGCGGAGCUCCGGGAGCGCUCCGAGGAGCGGCGGCGCCUGGCGGCCGCGUGGACCGAGCUCCGGCAGCGGGAGCGGCUGGGCCGGGAGCGGGACGAGCAGCACCAGGAGCGCGCCCUGGGCCUGGACGCGGCGCUGAGGAGCCUGGCCAAGGAUCAGGCAGAGCUGAAGUUCCGGAGCAGGGAGCUGAGAUCCAAGGAGGAGCAGCUGGCCAGGGACAGGGAGGAGCUGGAGGAGGCCUGGAGGGAGCUGAGGCUGGAGAAGGAGAAGGUUCUGAGGGCUGAGCAGCGGCUGCAGGAGCGGGAGGAGGAGAUCCGUGAGCUGGCCGAGCGCUCGGCGCAGCAGCAGCAGGACGGGCAGCGGGCGCUGCGGGAGGCGCGCCGGGCGCAGCAGGAGCAGCGGCAGCAGCUGCAGGAGCUGCAGGAGCAGCAGGAGCGGCUGCGGCAGCAGGAGCAGCGACUGACACAGGGCCGGCACAGCCUGGAGCGGCAGCGGGAGCAGCUGCGGGAGCUGCAGGAGGAGCUGGGCCCAGCCCUGGGGACAGGGACAGGGACAGGGACACUGCCAGGGACGGGGACAACGCUGGGGACACCUCUGGCCUCUCCCGGGUUCCUGCCAGCCCUGGGGACACUCCUUGGGGACAGCGGGGACAGCGCGGCCGCGCUCUACGGACACGUCCUGCUGCUGAAACACCGCGCCAGGAUGGAUCACGAGUUCCUGCAGAGCGAGCGGCUCUUCCUCGACAGCCUCAAAAAAGGGCCCUGACCACAAAUGGAGCUUUGUAAAAAUAAAAAUAAAA